AUGCCGAUCAUCAGCAACGCCAACCAUGACUUCAGCACGUACUCGGUCAGCAGUGAUGACAGCAGCGUGGACCGAUUCUUCACCGAAAUCCCAGAGACUGAAACCAUUAAAGGGGUGUACUACCAACGAGCACGACGUCUAUGGGACCAUAAGGCCACAGCGCGAGUGGACCACAGCCUGCAGGUUCUGAUAAACGUCGGGGGGAACCGUUACGCGUUCCCCUGGUCGACCCUGGAGCAGUUUCCUCAGAGCAGACUGGGCCGGCUCAGGUUCUGCUCCAGCCCAGAGGAGAUCUCCAGACUCUGCGACGACUACGACGAGACCAGGAAGGAGUAUUUCUUUGACCGCAACCCGACCGCCUUCAGGGUGAUCCUAAACUUCCUGGCGGCGGGGAAGCUCCGCCUCCUCCGCGAGCUGUGCGCCGUCUCGCUCCACGAUGAGCUGGACUACUGGGGCGUGGACCCGGCCCACAUGGAACGCUGCUGCCGCCGAAAGAUGAUCACCCGAGUGGACGAGAAGAUGGAGAAGGACCGAAAAGACGAAGAGUGGAGACAGAAGAAGUUCAUUAUGCAGAGGAAGAGCCUGGACAUCGGGCAGGGCUAUCACAGGGUGGUGUGGAUGGUGCGUGAGAUCAUGGAGAACCCUCACUCUGGAAUCCCCGGGAAGAUCUUCGCCUGUUUGUCCGUCAUCAUGGUGGUGGUGACCGUGGUGAGCCUCUGCAUCAGCACCAUGCCGGACCUGAGGGCCGAGGAGAAGAAGGGCGAGUGUUCUCAGAAGUGCCAUAGCAUGUUCGUGGUGGAGUCCAUCUGCGUGGCUUGGUUCACGUUCGAGUUCCUCCUUCGCUUCAUCAACGCUCAGAGCAAGCUGGACUUCGUGCGCGGGCCUCUCAACAUCAUCGACGCCGUGGCCAUCCUGCCCUACUACGUCUCCCUGGUGGUCGACCUCCGCGAGCCCAGCCCCGAGGAGCUCCAUCUGGGCAUCACGGCGAGCGCGGGGCGGGGCUACCUGGAUAAGCUCAGCCUCAUCCUCCGCUUGCUACGCGCGCUGCGAAUUCUCUACGUGAUGCGGCUCGCCAGGCACUCCUUGGGUCUACAAACGCUCGGGCUGACCAUGCAAAGAAGUAUGCGCGAGUUUGGCUUGCUGCUGCUGUUCGUGUGCGUCGCCGUCGCGUUGUUUUCGCCGUUGGUGCACUUGGCGGAAAGCGAGCUGGCGCCGUUCACCGCCACGCCCCAUCACCACUCGUUCAGCAGCAUCCCGGCGUCCUACUGGUGGGCGAUUAUUUCCAUGACGACGGUGGGGUACGGGGACAUGGUGCCGAGGAGCAUACCGGGACAGAUCGUGGCGCUGACGAGUAUCCUGAGCGGGAUCCUGAUCAUGGCGUUCCCGGCGACGUCGAUAUUCCACACGUUUUCCCGGUCGUACCAGGAGCUGAAGGCGGAUUACGAUCGGCUGUGGAAGGAGGAGGAAGAGGAGGGGGCGGAGGGAGAAGGGGAGAAGAGCCAAGAUGGAGGACAGAGUUCAGAUCAAGAUCAGCUCCUGGCGGAAACCAGAGGAGACCAGGAGGCGAUGAGGCAAAACGCAACUCUUCCUUCGACGGCUUUUUAA